CUCGCCCCCUCCCUCCCCCUAGACCAGAAGCUUCUUUCCUUCCCCGUCUCGCAUUCCAGAACCAGGUCUCUCCCCCUCGUCUUCCCUCGCCGCCCGUCCGCCACCGCCGUCAAAUCGCAGAGAGCUUCGAGGUUCUCCGGCGAAAGAAGAUCGGAGCGAUUGAUUCGCACCCAUUCGAAAAGCAAUUGACUCUCUCGCGCGGCAGCCAGACAUGUCGAUGUACUACAGAGGAAAUUUUGGUAGGUUUGACUAUUUUGAUGACGGGCGUGAAAUGGGUCCAAAGCGACAACGCCUAGUUGAUCAGGGCUCUUCAUUCUAUGGCGCUUCUCCUGGUUCGAGCUACAUGUACAAUGCUUCACCUUAUGCUUACACUGGUCAGUCUCCACCUUUCCCGCUGGUGCGGCUUCGCGGCCUUCCUUUUAAUUGUACCGAAGCUGACGUUGCUGAGUUCUUUCACGGCCUGGACAUUGUUGAUGUUCUGUUUGUUCACCAUGAUGGGAAGUUCACUGGAGAAGCGUUCUGCGUUCUGGGUUAUCCUCUUCAAGUCGAUUUUGCCCUUCAAAGAAACAGGCAAAGCAUGGGUCGUAGAUAUGUUGAAGUCUUCAGAAGUAAGAGGCAGGACUAUUACAAGGCAAUAGCGAAUGAAGUUUCAGAAGCUCGUGGAGGAUCUCCUCACCGGAGCAUAUCCCGAGGAAAAUCUUCUAACGAGAGGAAGGACUCUGCGGAGCACACGGGAAUACUGCGAUUGAGGGGAUUGCCAUUUUCAGCUGGCAAGGAUGAUGUAUUGGAAUUUUUCAAAGACUUUGAGCUGUCUGAAGAUUCUAUCCAUAUUGUCUUCAACUCGGAAGGGAGGCCUUCUGGGGAAGCAUAUGUUGAGUUUGCGAGCACAGACGAUUCUAGAGCCGCUAUGGCCAAGGACAGGAUGACACUGGGGAGUCGGUAUAUCGAGUUGUUCGUUUCAACGCACGAGGAGUUGGAUGAAGCGGUUUCGAGGGGACGGUGAUUCUAUUAUUAGUUCGCAUGUAAUGCUACUCUGUGACUGAUAGGAUUAUUUGGCUGCACUGUAAUGUUUAAAAUUUCCUUUUUGAGGCCUGUUCAGGUCAGAGUGGAGUUUCUUGAUCUGCAUGGAGAAAGCAUGUGUCAGUUUUGGCCUUGAA